UUUGUGACGAGACAUUAUGAAGUCAUAAUGAUCCAUUCUGGAACCCGGUCAAGACUUGAGACUGGACCCAACUCCAGACAGAUCUUGUAAGUCAGGAGAGAGACCUACACUGAAUUUAAAGAGAGAAACUUAUCCUCUUCAAGAGCAAAGAUGAGUGAAAAUACUUUGAACGGCAGCUCUGUUUAUAACGAGCUCCGUCUAGAGCAAGAGCUUUGUGAUGCAGUGAUCAGAGUGGACGGUGUUGAAAUUCAUGUUCACAAGAUUAUCCUGUGUAACUGCAGCCCUUAUUUCAGAUCCCUUUUUACUCACUGGUCAACCCCACACUGUCGGGUCUUUUACAUUCCCAAUGUUUCAUUGGACAUGAUGAAGUUCAUCGUUGAGUUUGCCUACACUGGCUGUGUCAGUGUGGCUCAGGAGAACAUACGUGAGCUCUUUAUAGCAGCAGACCAGUUUAAUGUACAGGGGAUCAUACAAGCCUGCAGUGAACAUCUGGAGAAUCAGCUCAUCCCACAAAACUGCAUCGGGAUCUGGUCGUUUUCAGAUGUCUAUUACACCCGCGAACUGAAACACAAGGCUUAUGCCUUUCUUCUGAGUCACUUUGAGGAGGUUGCUUCCUCUUCCGCAGAGUUCCUUCAGCUCCCUGCACAAGAACUUGUUAAACUUCUUGAGAAUGAUCAUCUGAAUGUGAAGAAGGAGAAGAAAGUGUUUGAGGCCAUCAUUCACUGGAUCAACCAUGCACCUGAGGAACGCAGUGGAUACAUCACACUGCUUUUGUCCUGUGUCAGGCUGGCUUUGAUAAUUCCACAAUACCUCCUGGAGACUGUUGCAAAAAACGAAUUAGUGGUGGCAAGUGAGGAGUGUCAUGCAAUUGUCCUCACAGCUCUGGAUACCAUUAUAGACCUGCGGAUUAGAGGGCUCCCUGACUUAAUUCCCCUUCACCCUAUGGCCCGGCCAAGACUGCCGUCUGCCUUCCUGUUGGCUUUUGGAGGCUGGAGUGGUGGAGCUCCCACCAGUAGUUUUGCAUCAUAUGAUAACCGUGCUGAAUGCUGGGUCAGUAUCACUGACGAUGAGGCUGAACCCAGGGCCUACCAUGGUACUGCUUUCCUCAAUGGAUCACUUUACUGUGUUGGUGGCUUUAAUGGAGUAGUGCAGUUUAGCACAAUGAAGAAGUUUGACCUGACCACACACAACUGGCAGGAAGUCGCACCAAUGCAUUCAAAACGCUGCUAUGUGAGCGUGACAGUGCUUGACGGGCAGAUAUACGCAUUAGGAGGUUAUGAUGGUCAUCACCGUUUGGACACUGCAGAGCGAUAUGAGCCCAGUACCAACCAGUGGACUUUAAUUGCACCAAUGCAUCAUUCUAGAAGUGACGCCAGCUGCACAACCCUCCAUGUCAAGGUGUAUAUUUGUGGUGGCUUCAACGGGACCGAUUGCCUGUCAUCCGCUGAGUGUUACAACCCAAAGACUGACCAGUGGACACUGAUUGCACCAAUGGGAAGCAGUCGCAGUGGAGUUGGAGUCAUUGCAUAUGCAAACCAUGUUUUUGUAGUUGGUGGAUUUAAUGGAAUCAGUCGUCUGCAAACUGCUGAAUUCUAUAACCCCCUCACUAACACCUGGCACGAUGUGCCCUCCAUGCUGAACCCCCGCAGUAACUUUGGCAUCGAAGUUAUUGAAGACCACAUCUUUGUGGCUGGGGGCUUCAACGGCUUCAGUACCACCGCUGACGUUGAGUGCUAUGACUUUGACACUGGUGAGUGGUCUGAUGUCAGUGACCUGGAGAUCUCCUGCAGUGCCCUGAGCUGCUGUGUGGUGUAUGGACUCCCCAACAUGGCUGAGUACGCUGCUCCUCGUCACUUCCUUCAACUCUUGGAUGAGGAGCCAGAUGAAGUGGAGUGAACAAGAUUCAUCUAACUUUGAAAUGCAAAUAAAUAUAACUGAGCAUUAAA